AUGUCACUCAAUUAAUAGAGACAAUAAUAGUCAUAAUAAUAAAAAUUAGAGAGUUAAAGAAGUUUAGCUUUAUUUACUAACGCAGUUAAUGUAAAAUAGAGAGUAAUUAUAAGGAAUUAUAAAAUGAAAUUAAAGUUUAUUACGGUAUGUUAGAAAGAAAUGAAGAAAUCAGUUCUGAUAAAUAUAAAUCGACAUCCUUCAAAUUUUUAAAAUUUGAAAAGGAAAUGAGCAAUCAAAUUGAAGAAAUUGUUUCAAGAAUAAUUAAUCAGAAAGCAAGAAAAUGAAUUUUUGUGUUUUGAUUUUUAAUAGUAAUAUUUGUAUAAAUUUAAACAAAAUUUAAGUAAUAAAAGUUCUUUUAGAGAAAAAGCUUUAAAAAUUAACUGUAGAAAAUUACCAAAAUGCAUUUGUUAUCAAAGAAUCAAUCAAAAGUAUUCAUUUUGAAAAUUUGCCUAAACAUGCUAAAAUUAGAUUAUGUACAUAUAAGAUUAUCCCUUCUGCAAAAGUUAAGUGUUUCUAACAAAUUAUGUCAUUGAAAAAGUUACUUCUUAUAUAUAAAUUUGAAAUCUUCACUUUAAAUUUUAGCAAAAUACAUUAAAACUUAUAUUCAAUAUAUAUCUGAACAUUUAAGUUAUUUAAGUCGGUCAUUGGAUUAUUUUUAUUUAUGAAAAAAUCAAAAGAGUUCUAUUAAAGUUUAAAAAAAGAAGAAUCAGAUUUAGUUAAAGAAAUAUAUUUGCUUACCAAUCUGUGUAAUAAUUAUUUUUAAAUAUUAAGUUAAUUCUAGAACAUAAAAAUUUAUUUCAUAUUUUGUUGUAUGAAAUGUCUGCAGCUGGUAAAAGUAGAAUUUUGUAAAUUCUAGUUAUCUUGAGGUGGUUCAAUAAUGAUCACUAUAAAAAAGAAAUUUAUUUGCAUUCUUUCUAAUUUAUAGUUAGUCAAAUUAAAAGCAAAAAGCCUAUAAUUUUUGAGGGUAUUCUUAAUUUCAUUAACUAAUCUUUAAUAUGCAGAAUGUAAAUUUAUAAGAUUGAAUCUUAAUUUACUUGGAUAAUUCUUGAUAAUAAAAACUAAUGUUCUAAAAUUAUUUGA